GCUAGAGACCCUGCAGAAGGAGAAAAGCUACAAGUGCGUCGCCGCUGUGUCUAGCUCCCUGGCAAAGGAGACUCUACCCCGGCUUGCCGCAGCGCUGGAUGUGCAGCCUGUCACAGACAUCCUGGAGGUUGCAGAGGAGGACGGCGUCUAUCGUCGACCCAUGUAUGCCGGGAAUGCAAUCGCCACAGUGCAGAGUGCCGACGACGUGCGCCUUUUGACCUUCCGGCAAACAGCUUUUGAGGCCGCGGGAGCAGCAUCCUCAGCGGCGCCCGUGGAGGCCCUGGACGUGAAGCCCGGUGCGGGCGCAGGCAUCCAGUGGCUCAAGGACUCCGAGGCUCAGAGCGACAAACCUCAGCUGAACUCCGCAAGCCGAGUGGUUGCAGGGGGGCGGGGCCUGAAAAACGGCGAGAACUUCGAGAAGGUUCUCGAACCAUUGUGCGAUAAGCUCAAGGCGGCGCUGGGCGCCAGCCGUGCGGCCGUGGAUGCAGGCUUCGUGCCCAAUGAACUCCAGGUGGGCCAGACAGGGAAGGUAGUGGCUCCACAGCUCUACAUUGCUGUUGGCAUCAGCGGGGCCAUCCAACACCUUGCCGGGAUGAAGGACUCCAAGACCAUCGUGGCCAUCAACAAAGAUGCCGAUGCACCCAUCUUCCAGGUCGCCGAUUACGGGCUCGUCACGGACCUCUUUGAAGCGGUUCCAGAACUGACCAGCAAGAUCUGA